AUGACCCCCCUGCUGGACCCCUGGGCAUCGGCCCAGAAGAGACGUACCAAUUCACACCUGUCCGAUACAGUAGAAGAUAUACUUUCGCCAUGUUACCGAUCCAAUAGGACGCAUCUCCGAUCUAGUACCUACGUCGACCCCCUCGAAAGUCUUACUUCUACCUACAGCACUUUACCUACCUACUACGUACUACGUACUACUAUAUGUACGGUAGAUGGCAAUGGAUGGCAGGGAGGGGCAAUGAUUGAUGGUUUUCGUGGGUGGGAAACUCAGAUGAUAACUCCUUACUGGCGGUCAGGUUACGUAGCAGUAGUAGUAGUAAUGGUAGUAGUAGUAGUAGCAGUAGUAGUAGUAGUAGUAGCAGUAGUAGUAGUAGCAUGCUCCCGGGAUAGCGGACCAGGACCUGCGCUCUUUCGUUUGAGUUUCUCAUCGAAUUUUCCAUUUGGCUCGGCGGCGUCCGGCCAAGUCCGAGUGUGUCGACCCGUCCAUGAGGGGACGGUGAUGGGGUCGUCUCGCGUUGGGAUGAAGAGGUACCCCGUGGUAUGGAGCGGAAGUCCGGAACCGCGGCAGUCCUUAGUGACUGGUUGGCAGAGGAAACUCUCGAGUACCAAGAAGGAGGACAACUCAAUUAAAUACUUCGAUUGUCCGCGAGAUGAGAUGGACGCUUCCCUUCUCCCCAGCACAGCUCCAUCUCUUCUCGUGACCGCUUUCCCGUUUUUCAUCUCGCGCGCUUCGUCGCUCGGCGCGUGUCAAAACGAGUACAUUGCUCCGAGUGACACCGACAGACGCGCUCCGUGCCCCAUGCUCAACACCGUCACCAACCACGGCUACCUCCCGCGCAACGGCCUCAACAUCUCCAUGGACGAUCUGGCCCAGGGCCUCGCCGAGUCCAUCAACCUCGACCCGGCGGCCACGGCCAUCUUCGGCGCCGCCGCCGUCCUGACCAGCACGACCGGCAACCCGAACACCUUCAACCUGGACGACCUCGUCCUGCAGGGCCCGGGCCUGAUCGCGCACGACGCCUCGCUCUCGCGCGCCGACCAGUACUGGGGCAACGCGCUCACGCUGAACACGACCGUCUGGGGCGCGACGGCGGCCUUCUUCACCGGCCCGACCAUCGACGCCGCGACCGCCAAAGCCGCGCGCGACGCCCGCAUCGCCACGUCCAAGGCGACCAAUCCCGAGUUCGACCUGCCCCCGACGAUCCUCCGGAACAGCGCCAUCGAGUGGGCGGCCAUCCUGACCGUGUUCGAGGAGCCCGACAACGACCCUGCGGUCGCGGCGCCGGCGGUGACCGAAUGGAUCAAGACCGUCUUCGUCGGGCUUCGCUCUAGAACUAGAACGGCGCCGAGAUCUAGAUACACAUUAAUGGUUGACGAAUCACAAAGACGUCCGUCCGUCCCUCCUUGGUUGGAGCUGCUCGCGACGUUGUUGACAGUGUCCCUCAUCAAUCAUCUAUCUGAUGAUCGAUCGAUGUACCGGUAG